UUCACUUUCUGACAAUUUUUUCAAAGAGUUAUUUAUUUUUCAGAAAACUCUUAUUCUGUACUGGAUCACAUGAGACGCAAUCUGAAGAAGCAGGUAUCAAAAGUCGUGCGUAUGUGAACUUUCCGUUCGUACGCUGUGAAUGUGAUAAAGAAUAAAUUUAUCUCUUAUCAUGUUUAUAAUUAUUUCUUUAUCAUAAAGAUAAAGAGUUAUCUCUAAAAAGAGCUUCGCUUGCAACAGAAUCAUUGUAGAAACGUGAAGGAAGUUUGGCUUCUACUGAUUUCCCCUUUCGCCUUAGUUGCUCAUAGCAUUGCUUUGGCUUAUGACAGGUGACAUGACUGACGGAACGAAACAAUGCAUUUUCACAUGGUUCAUAGAAAACUACAGUUACUGUUGGCAUAAAAAUGGAGAGCCAUUGGUCAGUCCUGGGUUUACUGCCGACGGACUGGAUGGCACUAUUUGGUAUAUGGAAUUGUUUCCAAGAGGAAUCGAUGAUGAACGCAUCGGUGACAUUUUUAUUUCCCUUAGAAGAAUUUAUUUUGAUGAUGGUCCAGAACGCUUUCCAGUAACAUACACGCUAUCCUUCCUUCAAUCAGAUGGAACAGAUCUUCAAUCCAUGACUUCGACAUAUGUAUUCCCUAAAGGAACUAGAGAGGGAUUUACUUUCUUCUUACAGAGGGAUGUGGCUCUUUCAAUAGAUAAUGAAAAAUAUUUACCCCAAGAUACUUUGACUCUCCGCUGCAGGAUUAAUGUUGGUACAGGAAAUAUUGAAAAAGUUACACACAUUUUUGCUCGAACUCGCAUCGCUAUUGAACAGAUUUCGUUUCUGCAAACAGUCGAAAGUUUCAGCACAAUCGAACCUAAUCAAAAGAAAAUUAUUCAUAUUAAAUCUCCUUCAAAAAAAGCCUUUUCUUUAUCAAGCGGUUUGUAUUUUACUGAUGGCCCGUGUUGCGAAGGAAAGAUCAUAAUGGAAAUUACACCAUUAGGUGCAAAUCAAAUUCUUUCCAGUUGUAAAAUUUCUUUGAUUGAUGGAUCUGGAAAAUUCAUUGAAUGCGGCGCGGCCGAUAAUCGAUUCGAUGAUGCAAGAAAGGACAUUACAAAGAUACCCUUAUGCCUCACAAAGCAAGCUGUUCUGGAUAAAAAAUCUGAAUAUUUGCCAGAUGAUAAGUUGAUUUUGAGAUGCAAAUGCAUUUUUUCCACUGGAUUGGAAUACGAAAUAAUUGAGAGUACUCUGGGAGAGACCGAUUUAAAUCAAGUGAGUAAAAAUGAACAGAAUAAGGAUGUAUAUAAUACCACUGCAAAGUUAUUUGCAGGUCCUAGCGCAACGGAUGACUUAAAAGCAGUUUACAAUGAUCAGUUACUUACUGAUGUGGAGUUGAAAACCAAAACGAAAUAAUUCUCUGCCCACAAGAUUUUGCUUUGUGCCAGGUCUUCUGUUUUCAAAGCCAUGCUAACCAAUGACAUGAAAGAGAGAAACACUAACAGCAUCCAAGUGGAUGACUUGGAAAACGAUACUGUUCAUCAACUCCUUCUCUUCUUGUACUCCGAUAAUGUUGACAAUCUCCAGUGGGAAUCUGCUAUUAAAUUGUACUACGCCGCAGAUAAAUAUGAAGUAGAAAAACUAAAAGUGAUAUGCUCUUCUUUCCUUGUUGACAAUUUAAGCACGUCCAAUGCUAGUGAACUUCUACUGUUAGCGGAUACCCACAACGAUUCUAAUCUAAAGAAGGUUCUGGAAGAUUUCAUCUUCGAACACCAGAAAUUGGUUUAUGAAUCAGAAGAGUGGGAAAAUUUAAUUAAAAGAAAUCCUACGUUAGUUAGUAAAACAAUGCUCGAGAUUUUCAAAAGAAAAAUAUAAUGCCUGGAUUUAUUUUCUUCUAAAGCAAUUUCUGUGUACAGAAAUAUGAAUGAAUAUAUGAAGCAGUACAGAAAUAUGAAUCAUUUGAUACUGAAUUAAGAUGAACUGUUCCCCCAGUUUAUGCUGGAUUGUACAUUAAAUGAAGAAGAGAUGACAAAAUUCGAAAGAAGGAUUUAUAUUUAAAACCAUAUUUUGUAUAAUGUUCUAAUAGAAGAAAAUACAAGUAUUGUGUUGUAUGAUGUACACUUUCUAAGGGCUUCACACGAAUGUUUUUGUCAUAUUCUCUUAUUGGUGGUAUAUUUUAUUGUAUUUUCUAAAUGACGUUUCUUAGAGAAAAUUUAAUUUUUCAUUAGCUGAUUUCUUGUGCACUUCAAAUAAUUUGUUAAUUACACAUCACUUAGUUUAUUUUUUUAUUUCAUAAGUUCAGAUUUUACAAAAAUGUUAAAUAAUUGGCAACUCAUAAUUGAUUUUCCGUUGGAAUUUCAUUUCUUAAACGUGAUGCACUGGACAGUGAUGCAUAUUUCCAUUGACUCCUUUUCACAUAGUUGUACAUUUUGAUGAAUAAUGCAUCUUUUAAAUUUAAAAGUAGUAAUCGAAACUUGUAGCAAACAAAUUAAAAUUAAAUAAUAAGAUAUUUUUAAAAUAAUAUUUUUUGAAAGAAAUUUAAUUUUUAUUAUUAAUUUAUCAGUAAGUGCCCUUAAAAACAUAUCUGUUGUAUAAUUAUAGAAUAUUAGUUUAAAUUUCAUAAUUUUAUUAACGAUAAAAUAUUACAGAAUGUUUGAAACUGGAAUUAAAUAUUUUUUA